AUAAUAAAACAGUGAAAUAAAAUGAACUUGGAAAUUUAUAUAUUGCUCGCUUGUUUUGCGAAUAGUUUCCAAAAAGUAUCUAUCAAUGUAAGAGAUGGGCAGUAUAAGGGGGACCCUGUUGUAACAAUUGGCGACGGUAGAAUUCGUGGUAGAUACGAUAAAACAGCCAACCUUAAUAAACCGUAUAUCGCCUUCCAAGGAAUACCAUUUGCAAAGCCUCCAGUAGGCAACCUGAGAUUCAGUCCUCCGGAAAAAAAUUUCAAAUGGACUGGUAUACUGAAUGCUACUAAGGAUAAACCAGAGUGUGUACAAGGAAUAGUUGAUGUAACCGGUUCAGAAGACUGUCUAUACGUGAAUGUGUAUACUACAUCGUUGACCGAAAAAAAAGCAGUUAUGGUAUAUAUUUAUGGUGGAGCAUUCGUUGCUGGAAACUCAUCUUAUUCGCUGCACACUCCAGACUGGUUACUUGAAGCAGAUGUGGUUUACGUAUCUUUCAAUUACCGGCUAGGAAUUUUUGGAUAUUUCAGUACUCUCGAUACGAUUGCUCCUGGAAAUUUAGCUCUCAAAGAUCAAUGUCUGGCAUUGAAAUGGAUACAACGUAAUAUAAAUCAUUUUGGAGGUGAUCAUAACAGAAUAACUAUUUUUGGUCAAAGCGCUGGUUCAGCCUCCGUCUCUUACCAACUACAGUCCAAUUGUGCAAAUGGAACAUACCAAAGGGCCAUUCUAGAAAGUGGAUCUUCUCUAUGUCUUUGGGCAUUACACAGAGAAGCCAAUAGAACAGCUCAUCAAGUAGCAAAAUUAUUCAACGUGGACUCAUCUAAUACAAGUAAGAUACUUGAAGGGUUGAGAAAAAUCGACUACAGAACUCUUCAACAGGGAUCCCUUGCAGAAGCAUCGGCGAUAGCCUUAGAGAAUCCACUAGCAGGAAUACAAUUUGGUCCCGUCAUAGAACCAUAUCACAGUGGAGCCUUCUUUUUCAACUAUAGUGAAAGAGGUUUAUCAGAAGGUCACUUCAAUCACGUUCCUACUAUAAUGGGAGUGAAUUCUAAUGAAGGGGCUACGGCAGGAUCCAUACCUGCACUUAUCCGUCCAUAUUUAUUGAAAUAUGACCUACAAUAUGAACUUCUUGCACCAAAGGAUCUUACAAAAAAUCUUCAGAAAAGGAGAGAAGCUGCAUUUGCUAUAAAAUUACAUUACUUCAAUAUAUUACCGUUGAGCUUACAAACGGAUUCUGUUAUAAAGUAUAUCAGUGACGAUCAGUUCAAUAGACCAGUCCGCAAAACAGCACUGAAUAUGGCAAAAUAUUCCCCAGUAUAUUUUUAUGUAUUUUCUCAUGAAGGACGUUUGGGUGGUGUAGAAGAAAGGACACUCUCAGGGGUAGGUCAUUCUGAAGAGCUCGGAUAUAUAUUUGGAGGAAAAAUUGGAAACGUUACAGAAAGUGACAAAUUAACGAGAACCAGAAUGAUCAAGUUAUGGACCAAUUUUGCUAAAUAUGGUAAUCCAACUCCUCAAAAUGAUCCGACUCUUCAAAAUGUAAUUUGGUCUUCAGUAGCUCCCAACAAUCUGACCUACUUGAAUAUAGGUGAAGAGUUGAGGAUUCAGAUGAACCCUUUUGAUGAAAACAUGAAAUUCUAUGAUAAGAAGAUAUACGGAAAAUAUGGUGAACCACCGUAUGACACUUAUUAAUUUUAUUGUAUACAUGAAACCGAAUAAAUAUAUUAUUUCAAUUUCAA